AUGGCUUUCACCCUACCAAGUGCCGUCACAUCUCCUGAAGGUGUAUACACUGCAAUCAUUCUUUUCAUCGCAUCAGUUUAUUUGAUGUAUCACUUUAUCAUAGUCAUCAUACACUUUCUAUCGUCCUGCUCAUUCUUCUCUAAUCGAAUCCGACCCUAUAUCUUGAGCCAGAUUAUAUAUGCUCGGUUCAAUAAUCAUUUCCUCGGUGUUCACAGCGUAUCUCGGUCUCACGUUGUGCUUGGGACUGCUUACUUCCUGGGUACGGGUAUAUGUAAUGUUAUAAGCGUCAACACGCUAGCUAAGGCAAGCUCGAGAGCCGCUCAUUUGUCUCUGGUCAACCUGGCACCUAUGUUCAUUGCCGGUAGCUACGAGUUUGGAGCUCGGCUCCUAGGCAUCUCACUGCAUGCCUAUCGCUCCGUUCAUCGGAUAUUCGGAUAUGUAGCCUUUAUAGAGGCUGUCGUGCAUGUGGUUAUCAUGGGGUGUACACGAAAAAUAUCAUGGUCCGACCAUUCCGACUUCUACGGUUUGCUGGUCUGUUUGAAAGAUUUAUCUUUCCUGAAUCAUUUCUAA